CUUGCCCGGCCUGCCCUAAAAGGGGGAUCUGCUCCUUAGUUGUCCCCAGAGAAUCUGGGACAAACCUCAGGGCUCACAUGUAUCUUAUCCUCAGAAAGAAAAGGAGAAAGCUUGGCAAAUACUUGUAGAGCAAAUCAGCUCUGAAAGCAAGAACCAUCUGGAAACCUUCAAGGAGAUGCAGCAAAGGUCCCCUUUACUCCAACAUGCCAAGUACAAAGUCCUGGCUGGAGCCCCUCCCCAGCAAAAGAAACUGCUCACGGUGGGGAUUUCCUCAGUGCAGCAUCCUCGUGGGAGCUACCUCUUGGACACCCUGCAGUCCGUGUUUGAAGCGUCCUCGGAACCUGAGCAGAAGUCUAUCGUGGUGCUGGUCCACCUGUCAGAUCCUGACCCUGAGUGGCUCCGCCAAACAGCUGCCAACAUUUCCAGGCUCUUUGCACCACACAUUGAUGCCAGGAAGCUGCUGGUGAUCCACGGCCUUCUCGGUGGCUCUCCUCUCCCAGGAAAUCUCAGUGACGCUAAUCACGCCUCACCCUGUGAAGCACUUUAUUCCAGGCAGAAAGUAGACUAUGCCCUCCUCAUGAACUUCGCUAGCAGCCUCUCUGAUUACUUUCUGUUGAUGGAAGAUCAUGUACGCUGCAGCCCCAAAUUUGUUUCCUCCAUCUACUGGGCAUUAUCAGCCUGGGAGGAACUACCUUGGGUGAUCCUGGAGUUCUCCAGCCUGCACAUCUCAGGGAAAGUUUUCCACACUAGUGAUCUCUCCCGCCUGACCUCUUUCUUCCUCCUCUUCCUUAACACUCCUGCUCCCUUGCUUCUCUCUGAAUUCCAUCUUCUCUUGGCCCAAAACAUUCCAAUUUGUUUCACUCCUUCUGUCUUGCACCAUGUGGGCACUUUUUCUGCAGUUGAGGAGAGCUGCUUUCCUGUGGAGAAGGACAAAGCCUUUGGGGAACCAGAUAACCCUAUUGCUACUGUCGUCACAGACAUGGAAACAUCGUUGGAUAUGAUUCCACAAUAUGCUUAUACUCUGAACCAGGAGAGCUACUCUGUCUUGGAUCUUUUAAAAGGCAAUCACUUGACAGUGAUUCUGGAGAGACCACAAAAAGUCACCCGGAUAGCGGUGCUGACGGGCUUGGAUAAUGGAAAGAGAUAUCGCCUGCAGCAGGGACAGGUAGAACUGGGCUAUGGUCCCGUGGCAGAGACCAAAGACUGUGCUCACUAUACCCUGCUAGGGCCGCUGGUGGAAGGAAAUCUGGACCAGAGGGUAUUCUCUGAAGAAGAUUCUGAGCAGGUGAGUUGUAUCUGA